CAGAGGAAUUGCCUUCCAGAAGCGGUGACAAGAUUUUCGCCAUGAUUCGCUAUACGAAAGGCGCAUCGAACACACUGUUUUAUUGGUGGGGUGGCAUCAAUCGACAUCUUCUAGUGCCGUCUGUGAUAUACCUUCUCUUUCUCGUCGCCCUGUACUAUGUGCAAAGACGCUGGGUCUUGUUUCAGAUCGACUGCUCGACCAGCGGCUUGUCCAUGCUAGGCAGCUUGACCGUCUUUCUGCUGGUCUUCCGUAUGAACCAAUCCAUGGCGCGCAACAAUGAGGCUACAGAGCGUACGGAUGAGAUGUUUGGAGAGAUGGACUUCUUGGUUCACUCCGUUUGUGCCUUUAUGGCAGGCGCCAAAGAAGACCUGCUACACGAUGUCGUGAGUGGUCAAGCCCCUCGCACGGAAGAGGAGCUCCAGCAGAUGCGGCUCCAUGGGGAGUUAGCCACAGCCAUCCGCAUCCACGUGGUCCGUCUUUGCGUGGCCUUCGGUGUCAGUUGCUUACUCUACUUCCGGGUGCUAACGGCGAUGGCAGAUGCACAGGGAAUCCUCGAAGAAGAGGACUUGAUUCAGAUCGUGUUUCUCCACAGCCGCUUGCAGUCUUUGCUCUAUGAGGAAGAGAUGGAAGUGGUGGACCAAUACUUGUGCAUCACCCGUGAGACGGACAAGGGUGAAGCCGAGUACCGGGCUGAGGUGGGACGUUUCCGUAUCGCACGACAGAAAGCCGGGUUGCUGAUUCGGCCCCGACACGCCGGGGACAACUCGGAGGAGGGGUGCAACUUCGUGCAGCAGACCAGUGACAUCGCACCGCCUUUGCCCAAGGUGAUUCUGGGUAUGCUGAUGGAGGUAUGCCAUCAGCCCCUGGCGCAAAAAUGGGGUUAUCCUGAGCGAGUGUUGAACCUGAUCGCCAGCAUCGCUGCAGAUGCACUCGAUCAACUGACGCAUUUGUCUGGCCUCAUUAUGCGACCGGUGUCCCUGGCCUACUACCAGCAUUGCCGAGUCAUCGUGAUUAUCUUCAGCAUCAUGUGGCCUUUGGUGACUGAAGUCGGAGAAAACCAGAUGGGUGCCAUCUUCGACAACAUCGUCUUCCCAUUUGUGGUCUACUGGGCAAUGUCUGGGCUUGAGAGGCUGGCGGAGAUGAUGGAGAACCCCGUGGGCGACGAUGACACGGACAUCAACCUACUACAACAGCUUCAUGAACUUGAGGUCGGUGCGCAGCUCGCCUUCGAGCUCGCUGAGAAGCGUCGGAGUGCGCUACGCAGGACCUUGGCUCGCGUUUGCCCCAGCUACAUGGAGAGCGGCAAGGCAGCGCAGCGCAAGUCGCCACCGAUGGUGGCUCCUGCGCAUUUCGAGGACCACUUCUGCUGGCUUCCGAUCCCUACGGUGAUUGCUGAGGGAAUGGUGCUGAAGCAUGGCCAUGUGGACCACGUGCAUUCGGCCUUCUUCGAGGGCCAUAUCGCCGAGUUCCGCUCCUUCCUACGGAGGGCCCUGAAGCGGCACAGCGCUGGCCGGAGGAGCAUCUAUGAAGCGAUCCCGCAGGAUGCCGAGUCUGAGGAGCUGAAGGUUUACCCUGAGGCGGGUGCCGACACCACCAUGGGCAUCAUCCAGCGUGAUUGCAAUGGUUUUUGGCACUACUUGGCAUUCCGCUCGGUGCUGACCAGCAACUUGGGCGCAGGUGAGCUCACACGUCAGGCACUCUGGCGAAAACGAAUGGUUCACCUCAUGGGCCAAGACCAUCCAGCUGCCGAACUUCUCCAAACCGACUCCCAAGACACUGCGAGGUCGGUGCUCCUGCGGCCCAUCAUGGGCCCUCGCCCUCGGAAGCAUCACGUGUCAGAGGCAUUGAUGCAAGCUGCGCCAAGGGGUGUACCGAAAGCUCAGGAUCCCAAAGCUGGGUACGGUGCUUCGGACAAAGGCCCAGGCUCGCCCAAUGACCUCAUGGGCUCGCCCCAUGCCGGCAGUGGCCCCAUGCCACGUGGAGGUGAUUUGCUUCGAGAGAUGGACAGCUCUCCUGGAGGCCACUUCAAGGACACCUUUCCUCAGCCGCCCAACCCGCCAAGACAGGCCCCGUGGAGUGGGGAGGACCGUUCAAGCUUCCACCCCUGAGUGCGAGGCCCGCAUCCAAAGAUGAUGCGUCUCCAGAUCCCGGAUGGAAGGGGAAGCGCAUCGCCGUAUGAGUCGC